AUAUACUAAUAAAUUAAAGUAAUAAUAAUUAAACAAUAAUAAUUGAAAAUAUAUACAUAUACGUUACGCUAAUACAUUUUCAAAUAAAGCAAUUUUAUAUUUUAACGAAGAACGAACUCUGUUGGUAUUCCAAGAUCAGCUGAUAAUACUAAAUGCCGGGAAAAGUUUACAAUUUUAUUUAACCAAAAGAUUUGUUUAAAACGAAAAAGUUAUUAUAUUUUUAAUACUAGUGAAGAUGUCAUUGACAAAGGUUUACGACGCCCCUACAGUUUUCAGGCAUUUGAAUGGUAUCAUGAAUAUAUACAAGCCAGCUGGAAUGAAAGCUAAACACGUUAAAAAUGCAAUUCUCCAUAAGAUAACCCAAGAUUUAAACGAUAUGCAGGUACGUGAACCUCGUAAACUGGAAACACCGCUUUUAGAACCAGGAGGCGAUGCAAAUCCUUUGUUGCGUAAAAUCCAUUCGAUUGAUUUAGCUGACCAUGUGUUAGCUACAGGUCCAAGAUAUCAAAUAUCAGAUAUACGUUGUUCACUGGUCGCAGGAUUGGGUGUACACACUAGUGGUGUGCUAUUGUUUGGACUGAAUAAGGGCAUAAAACAAUCGCAACUCAUACAACGAAAUCGUCCUCUGCGUGCCUUUCAUAUAACCGGUCGUAUGGGUUCCGCUACUGAAACACAUUUCGCUGAUUCUCGCGUAACGGUAAAAUCUGAUCAUCGACACGUCCAUCCAGAACGUAUAAGUGCAUUAGCAUCAUCAUUACAAGCAUCACAUCAACGUAAAAUGUACGAACUCUGUGGGGUAGAUUUACAAUCACAAGCAGCUUACGAGAUUGCUUGCAAAGGACUAAUCCGCCCUGCGGAUACUUCACAGCCAAUAAUAUAUGGUAUUAAAUUAAUAGAUUUUAAGCGUCCUGAAUUCACAGUGGAGGUGCAUGCAAUCAAUGAAAGUGAAGAGUAUUUGGCGUCUCUAGUGAAUGAGAUGGGCAUUGAAUUGCGCACUGUGGCGCACUGCACGUCCAUACGUUGCAUACGACACGGACACUUCGAUGUGGAAAAUGCUCUGCUCCGACAUGGUUGGAGCUUACGAGGAGUUGUAAAGAAUAUGAGAGAGCAACGAAAAGUUUUGGAGCAACAUCCACAUCUCAUAGAACAGGAUAAAAUAGAACUUAGAAGCGAUUAGUAAAAACAUUGUUGAUUAUUGAUUGAAAUUGAAAUUAUAACUAAUUUCGUCUGAAUAUAUUAUGUUAAGUUUUACUGAUAUGUAAAAAUAGUGUAUUUCAUUAAACUUUAAAUCGUACAAUA